AUGGCGACUCACUCUGCUCUCGUUGAUCUCGCUAGUAUUCCCACCGUGGCACAGCUGUAUCGCACCAGAAAACUGCUCCCUGCUGAAACUAUCGACCCAGCUUUCCCUCCAUCUCAACACUUGAACGACAGUGUCUCGGUAAUUCGCAACGACCUUACCAAGCUCGAGGUCGAUUGCAUCGUCAAUGCAGCGAAUAAAUCCCUACUUGGUGGCGGAGGCGUUGACGGAGCAAUUCACCGAGCGGCAGGACCAGGCCUGGUCAAGGAGUGCUCUGGUCUAGACGGGUGCGAUACAGGCGAUGCAAAGAUCACCCAGGCAUACAACCUCCCUUGCAAAUAUGUAGUACACACCGUGGGGCCAAUCUACCACUCGGCUAGCAGGCAAGAUGCCACUCGGCCGGAGAAGCUGCUGCGAUCCUGUUACCGAACCAGCAUGGAGCUGGCGAUGCAACACAGCCUGAAGACGAUUGCGUUUCCAGCAAUUAGCACCGGGGUCUACGGUUAUCCAAGCCAUCUCGCAGCGCGUGCAGUGGUCCAUGAAGUUCGUCAAUUCCUGGAUAGCCAUGUUGGUCAGAAUAAUGCACUACAGCGUGUCACCUUCUCCAACUUUGAGCAGAAGGAUAUGGAGGCGUAUGCCAAAGCAAUCGCGAAAUAUCUUCCUCCGACUCCUGAAGACCUGCGCAUUGCUGGUGAGGAUACCACUUAA